GUAGAACAGUUCUUAACCUGCUGGGUCCCACUCAUAGGAUGGGUGCAGAUGAGACCUUCCCUUCUGUGGAUCUUUAACUCAUUGACGGGCCUGUUGUUGCUGUUGCUGUCUCUCCUUUUCAGGCAGAGAACAUGCCCCAAAAGGAGCUCACCCAGCGCAUGCAGCGACCAGGAGACUGGGAUCCAGAACUCUGCUGUCGAUGUCAAUGAGCUCCAGCUCGUGGUGCCAAGUCAGGAGAAUGAAAACAACAACCACUCUGUGAGCCGGGAGCAAGCGGUCACUUCUUGUGGAGGCAGCACAGAACGGUCUCCUCAGGAUACCGAUCCGGACAUGCCCUCCUCCACAUCUGCAGUGACCACCGAGACCGGGAGCGAUGAAGUGUUUAUUAUUUCGGCUGGACCUGGGGCCAGUGGGCUGAGCUUUACCACUUACAGAAUACAGGACAAAAACCUAAAGAGAAGCGUCACAAGUCCAGCCUCUGUGUCCGACUGGCUGACUUCUAAUCACCCGGCUACCGAAGCAGACGCUGGUGAGAAGGGGCACGUCCAGAUGGAAAACCAUUACCCCAGGCAACGGACGUGGAGCGCCCGCACUUUCCAUGAUUUCCUGGCUCCGAUACCACAGCUCCAGAAAAAAUGGUGUAGCUGGACUACCAACAGCCCCUUCACAAAGCUGGUCGACAGCAGCGGCUUUCCUACAGCUGCAAGAACCCCAGGUGUCCCCACCAGAAAGGUUAUUUCAGCCACUGAGAUAGAGGGAGCUUUAGAGACAGUUUACUCUGAUUCAUCUACCAGCAAUGCCUCCUACCCCCUCACUCUGUCUGCACAACGGCAGCGGAAGCUGAGCUCCUGCAACCUGAAGAAAUCCAGGUUUGGGAAUCCCUGCUUUGGAUUUUUAACCAGCUCCCCUGACAGUAAGCACGUGAGGUCCUUGGACCCUUCAAGACACCUCGGAGCAGUAUCUCCAGUUAAUAGUCAAAGCCCCAAAAAUCUUCUGGAAGGUUCCAACCCCCUGAAAACCAACUUGGUCAAUGGUUCAAAAACAAAGGAGCUCAUGGUAGAAAGAGAAAAGAACAAACCCGUUUUCGUUAUUUCUGAAGAAGGGGAUGAUCAGCAGCCUCUGGUCCUAGCAGAACAUCUUAGUCAAUGCGGAGAUCAUCUGUCGGAGCAAAACGCCCCGUGUGCUUCAGCGAGAGCCGUGCUGGACAAACAGCCAGCGGUUCUGCCUGCCCAGGACGACGGUUCUUCCGCGUUCACGUCGGAGCUGCCUCUCUGGGCAAAAUCUCCUGCUUUAUACAAAGGCCACGUGAAGGCCCCUAGCUCUUCCGAGGACGAGCAGAGCUCGCCAGCUGUAGAUGCUGUAACUACUGAGACCUCUCCAAACUUCAGUACUGUGGCUGCUCCCACACUAUGUCCAGCGUCGGUCCAGUGA